CGUACCGUACUGCAUUUUGCUGACACUUCACCGGGUUUGUUAUUUUUUUGGUUUUCUUAAACUGCAUCGUUUGUUUACCUUUAAGUUCACAUAUUCGACCGUUUCAAUUUGUACAGACAAUCUUCGAUACCUACCGACCGACCAACCGAUCGCACCUGGACUUGUACCAUUUUCAUUGGAUACGUGGCCAGUUUAAGGAUGAAGAAAAUCAUUUUUGUUGUUGCAGCUUUUUUCACAUUGCCGGUCGUGCGCUCGACAGAAAAUGAAAUUUCAACAAAUCAGUCAGCAAAACCAUAUGAAAAUACACUUUAUGGACGAUUAAAUUUCUACGAUAACGUCUUGGUUAUGGCCCUGAAUAAAUUGGAAACUUACAUCUUUAGGCCGUUAACAUUUAACGAAGACGAGCUUAACAUGCUGCGAAUGCCACAUAACUUUGGCAACAAAUACACUGUUGUCGAUAAGAAAAGAACUUUGUUGAAAUUUAAACGAAAAAUACAAGAAAUAAAGUGUGCUAAUGUCGCAAUCGUUCAGGUUAUAUUGAAUCAAUUCAAAGUAAUUAAAAACCUUGCAGCGGAUAAUGAAUAUGCCAGUGUAAUAUUGAAUCUAUUCGAAGAACCUAUGAAUCUUUCGAUGAAUGAUGACGAUGCGAAUGUUAUAUUGAAUGAAUUCAAAGAAAAUCUAAGCCAUUCGACGAAAAAAGACGGUGUAAGUGUUUCGAAAACAAAGCGAAUAUAUUACGAGCUCAAGAAAAAAUUGGCAAAAAUGUUGUCAAUUUUGUACGUGGCAAAGGCUGCUGCUGAAAAAUGGCUAUGGAAAUUGUAUUUUAAAGUUUGUGACGUCGUUGAUGGCAUAAACCCUAAUAAAUUCUCGCUACCGGACGACAUCUAUCUUGUUGACGAUGAAGAACUUAACUCUGACAUUUUGAAAAGUAUAGACAUGUGUAGUGAAGACAUUCACCGAGGUUUGGCGACUAUCUUCACUGAUCCAAUUGACAUUAUAAUGGACAUUUUAUUUAACCCAUUAUACGGUAGUAAAAGGGUGGACAGGUGGUUAGGUCAUGAGUUUAGUUUGAAAGAUCUCUAUUUGGUAGAGCUGCAGGAUAAACAUGAGAUUUUAUUGAUAGAGGUAAAAGGAUUUGAGCUCGAUAGGAAAAAAAUGAAAGAAAAUUUAGAUGCUGAAAGGACAUUAAUGAAGAAUCAUAUUGCGAGCCGGAUGUGGGUUCAACAGCCGUUUCCCGAAAAUAGAUAUCUGGAACAUAUUGUGCUUCUUAUGAAACUAAAAGUGUAUUUGCAUUCUUGGUUGCAUUUAACAGCUUUUGUAAAUAUCACUUCUAAUGAUGCAGUCAAUAAUGAAAUAGAAAAUUCAAAUAAAAAUUUUGUUUAUGAAUUGGAAAAAACUGCCGAAUUCAUUUUCUCUAAAGAUAACAUUAUAAUAGAAGAACUUAUUGCAUUCCUGCUCAACGAUUUACUAGUAACAGACAAAUCCAAAAUUGAAAACAUGGCUGAUCGAAUAAUGAAAAAAGUUAAGUUCAUCCUAAAUGUUUUGAACAUGACUAUUUCCAACCCUCUCGUUGAUGAUUUUGACACACACUUUUGGAAUUCUAACAUUACAUAUUUACACAAGUACUUAAAUCACAUCACAAGUAUAAAUGAUCAUGUCGAUUUAAGUUUUACCUUAUUCUUUCUCAGGAGAAACAAUGAUGACGAAUAAACUAUUUAGAUAAAAUUAUUAUAAAUA